CUAAGCGGGGACACAUCGCAAGCGGCGGCCUCAUGGUGAUGGCGGCCAAGCGGCGGGCCGGCGGUGGGGCAGGGGCCGCCAAGCGGCGGCGGAUGAGCGGGAAGGAGUCGGCGGGAGCGGAGCCUGAAGCUCCCAGGGGCAGAGAGAACAUCAUCCCCGGCCCCGUGUCCAGGGGCAAAUGGAAGAACAAGGAACGCGUUCUUAUCUUCUCCUCUCGAGGGAUUGAUUACAGGGCACGCCAUCUGAUGCAGGACCUCCGCACACUGAUGCCCCACUCGAAACCCGACACCAAAAUGGAUCGAAAGGACAAGCUGUUUGUUGUUAAUGAGAUUUGUGAAAUGAAGAACUGUAAUAAGUGUGUGUACUUUGAAGCCAAGAAGAAACAAGAUCUGUACAUGUGGAUCUCAAAUGUACCACAUGGACCAUCUGCCAAAUUUUUAAUACAAAACAUUCACACCCUGGAUGAGUUGAAGAUGACUGGAAACUGUUUGAAAGGUUCGAGACCGCUGCUGUCCUUUGACCCGACUUUUGAUAAAGAACCUCAUUACAGUGUCCUCAAGGAACUCUUUAUCCAGAUCUUUUCAACACCUCACUACCACCCGAAGAGUCAGCCCUUUGUUGAUCACAUCUUCACAUUCACCAUCACCGACAACAGGAUCUGGUUCAGGAACUAUCAGAUUAUCGAAGAGGAUGGAGCUCUGGUUGAAAUUGGACCACGCUUUGUUCUAAACCUUAUUAAGAUUUUCCAGGGCAGUUUUGGGGGACCGACACUCUAUGAAAAUCCCACCUAUCAGUCUCCAAACAUGCACCGAAGGAUUUUGCGGAUAGCUGCUGCUGAUCGCUUUCUGGAGAAACAUCAGAUGAAGCGGUUCCAGCGCAUCCAGCAGACUGAGGAGCGUUUGACUUUACCCGAGGACCCCACUCAAGCAGUUUUUGAUACGCCGGCUGAUGAGAAAUCAUCCCUCACGCAACUAGAACCUCCUCCAGAACAACCCAGAAAUCCAAACAGGAAAAAGAGGCCGUUCAAACGUCAGAGAAUGAAACUGCGAAGAUAGACGGACACUCCAUCCAGACUGGAAUCACCCACUGGCAAAAUUCCCAUCCAAACCACCAGGGAAUUGCCUCCUCCAAUCUGAUAGGUCAACGACCACAUGGGAAAUAAACAUUAGCAAGUUCCUGAAUCCCCUGUCAAACUGCAUAAUCCCAGGUGAACUGCUAUACUGGGAGGGGACUAUGGGAUGUGGUGGGAAUAAAAGUUUUGAUUAAUCAAUUUUAAAAAUAUGUUUUAAAAUUUUUUGAUACAUUCUUGACGCUGCAGUAAAAUUGUUUCCUCGUU